UUCAAUCUUCAAUAAGAAUAUAUAUGCAUGAAUAUAUAUGUAUAUAUAGAUAUAUAUUUAAGGACAUUUAAAAAAGGCAAACGACAUGUGUAUUAGUAAGCAAUAAAAUACGAAAAAGCAAUAAAUAAGAAAAAAGAAGGGGAGUUAAAGAAUUGACUACCCACAAGUUUCAGCUGUAAAGGAAGGCACUUGUGGAAAGUGUGAAAAGAAAGUGUGAGAGACGGCGCCGACAGCAUGUGGUGCCGCCACAAUACAUAAAUACAUGAACUAAUAAUUGACAAUGCGUACAACAACAACAAUUGGAGUAGAAAAAAACAUUUGUGGGGAUAAAAAGUGAACAGGAAAAUAGCGGAAACGGUUAUAAAUCGGAAGCGAACGCAUAAUUAAAUAUACUCGCAUUCGUUGACGCCCCGAACGACCACACUCACACCUAAAUCCGAAGUAAUCAGUGAAGCAUGUGAUGAAAAAGUGUUAAAUACAAAUAAAGAAAGCCAAAUUAAGAGCGCAGCAAAAUCUUACAAAGCACAUUAAAGCAAUCGUUUGAGUGUUAAUGCUUUAACAGUGAAAAUUACUGAGAAAUAUUUUUUCUCAUUUUAAUUUUUGUAGUGUGAGCAUCAUCAAGUGUAGUGUGAAGUGAAAUAAGAAGCUUUGAAUUCACCUUUCUCUAAUCAACCAGCGAGCUUUUGAAAGAAAAUCUUACUUCGAACGCUUUCUCUUAAAAAUAACAUUAAUCUCUGAUUUAUUUGCCUUCGCUUGAAGCAACAAAAUCAAAUAAUUUUAUACAAAGUAAUCUAAAUUUGAAAUUGUGCCGUUAUUAAGCCCACAGCCACGUUUAAUGAACGAUUUAUAAAAAUUCUAAAACAUAAGCGCACUUAAGCUCAGCCGACAAGCUUACAGCUUAAGGAGUUAAAUCAAAUAAUAACAGUUACUGUGGGUUGCCCCAGCAGCUGCGUGUGUAAGCAUUUGCCGAGCAUCUGCAGUUGCCAUCGUCAGCCGUAUUCAUAAUGGCCGACUUGGAGCGCAUAAGACUGGUCAUACUGGGUGGUGCUGGUGUGGGCAAAAGUUCCAUCAUCAAACGUUUCCUCUUCAAAACUUAUACGGACAAAUAUCGUGCUACGGUCGAGGAUCUUUUUAAUCGGGAAUAUGAUUUGGGCGGCGUCACACUGAAGGUUGACAUUUUAGACACUUCUGGUGAUAUGCAAUUUCCCGCUAUGCGCCGUCUGUCUAUUGCCACCGCCCACGCUUUCAUGCUGGUCUAUGCGUCCACGUCUGCGUCGAGUUUUCAAUGUGUCAAACAGUGUUUUGAGGAGAUACGUGAGCAGCGCGCCGACUAUCAGGAUAUUCCCAUUGUUAUCGCCGGCAAUAAAUCUGAUUUGGCCAAUACACACAGAGAGGUGCGACUGGAAGAAGUCACGGACUGGGUCUACUGUGAAUUGCCGCGACUAAGAGCGAAAGUGCUGGAGUGCUCCGCCAAGGAGGAUCAAAACGUGACUGACCUCUUCAAAACGUUGCUGUCACUAUCGCGAUUUCUGCCCGUCGGAAGCAAUAAUGAUGGCACAAGUGGACUCAAGCGACGCUCUUCGGCAUAUGUCAGCGCAUCGUCAAGUAGAAAUCGGCAAAGUGUGCGAAAAGGUGUGGGUCCAACAAAUGGCAGCGGAAUAUGGCCAAAACAAAAUCUUGGUACAGACAAGAAUCGCAAUGCCAGUCCUUCCGUUUCCGGUGAUAAAAAGUCCAGCUUGGUCGAAGCUGUUGAUCCAGCCACCAGCAGCGGCGAUGCCAAGCUAAAGCCCAGAUCUAGGUCACUCAUACGCCGUGCAUCACGCAAAACCAAACAGCAAAUCAACAACGCGUCCGAUGACUGUAAUUUGCAAUAAAGCAGCGGAAGGAGGAGGUGUGAAAGGUUGAUUAGGCGAAAAUAUAUAUAAUUAUAUAAUAAAUAAUAAAUCACAGAAGCAAACGGACAGCAACAGCAACAAAAACUAGCAACAAUAAGCAGCAAAAAAAGCAAAGACAAGCGGAAACUCAAAGUUCCAGUGUUCGACAUGGGCAUGGGCAAGUGUGUGUAUGUGUGCGUGCUGGUGUUUGUGUGCAAGUAAGUAGGCAUAGACACGUGUGUGUGUGUGUACUCUGUGAAUAUGUACAAUUUUAAUUAACAGUCGUCAAAGCGAAUUCACCGCAAUGUUCGCGUGAAUGAUGACGCAGAAAAAAUUACACAUUUUGAUAUGAACGCUUAAUUCGAACUAUUCUACUUAUAAAAUAUAUAAAAAUAACAAAAACAAAACAAGUGUCGUUGAUUAGACAGCAAAUAGCUAUGGUUUUUUCGAUAUGAACAUAAAUGCGUGUGUGUGUGUGUUGCUACAUAUGUUUGUUUGCACAUAUACAAACAUACUGACGUAGGUGUGUAUGUAUAGGCAGGCAGUUAUUGCGGUUAAAAAGCGACAGAUUAACGGUUUGAAAAAAUUAAAAGAAUAUGUAAACAAAUAUUUUCAACUUUUACUAAAAAAUUUAUAUAUAACAUAUUGUAGUUUAAUGACGCACUAGUUGUUAUUCAAAUUUAACAAAUAAUAAUUAAAAUGAUAAGCGUAAUUUUUUUAUAAGUAUUAAAACAUAAUUACAAACACAUGCGGUUAAACUAACAAUAAUUGACUUGCAACAACAAAACAAAGUUUAUGUAAUUAGUUUUAGGUAAAAAAAGUUAAAUUUUUUUCUUCUAUAAAGUAUAGACGUUGUGUUUGCAUACCAUAUUGUGAAACAGUCAUAUUUUUCAUUUAAAAAGUACAACUGCAUUGCAUUUAUUAAAUUUUUUCAACAAUUUAAUGUUUUUAUUCAAUUUGUUAUACAAGCAUUAACACUAAUUUGUACAUUUUUAUAUAAUUUACGAGGUUUGACAAUUAAGUAAUGAGACUGAUUUUAUUGCCGCGCUUGUGGUAAACCUGUGGCCUUGAAAUUCCCUUUCUCGUGUUCCGGCAUCCCUCCCCUCUCCAUUGAUAUAUGUACCAUCGCUGUAGAUUGUUUAGUUCGCCUGCUGCGUCAAGUUGAGUAGACGUGUGUUUGUAGUGCUCGUCACGAAAAUGGAAAAACGAAAUCAAGAGCAACGCGUCACGAUAAAAUUUUGCGCCAGAUUGGGCGAAACAGCUUCGGAAACGUACGCUAAAAUUGUAAGAGUGUAUGGUGAUAGUGCUCUUAGUCGUGCCAAAACUCACAAUGGUUGUCUCCGCGCGCCCCCCGCCCGAAAAAAGCUCGCAUGAGCAAGUCGAAGGUGAAAACGAUGAUUAUUGCCUUUUUUGAUAGCCGUGGAAUCGUCCACAAAGAAUUCGUUCCACCGGGGAAAACUGUGAAUCAAGUCUACUAUUGCCAAGUACUCGAAAGAUUGCGAAAACGAGUCAACAGGGUGCGCCCAGACAUCGCUCGUAACUGGAUCCUUCAUCACGACAACGCGCCGUGCCACACCGCCCUCAGCGUGUCCCAGUAUUUGGCCUCUAAAGGGAUCGCCGUGUUGCAACAGCCGCCUUAUUCGCCCGACAUGUCACCCUGUGACUUUUUUUUGUUUCCUAAAACAAAAUCGGUGGUGAAAGGAACCCAUUUUGAGUCAAUUACGGACAUCCAGGCCGCCGUGACGAGGGUACUCGCGGACAUCCCAGUCGAAGCGUUCCAGAAAUGUUACGAAGCGUGGAAAACACGCUGGAAUCGCUGUAUAGCUAGCCAAGGGGACUACUUUGAAGGAGAUGGCAGAAUUGUAGAAUAAAUUUCAAAUAUACGGUUUUUAUGGAAUCAGUCUCAUUACUUAAUUGUCACACCUCGUAUUUUGCCUUUUAUUUCUGUUUCUGUUUCGAGUUUCUUUACAAGUGUGAUCUUUGCUAUAACCCUCCACC